AUGGAAGCCUACCACCCAACUUCCAAACCCUCAAAACCCAAUUUCUUCUCUCGCAGACUCAACCUUUACUAUUUAGUGGCCUUUCUCUGCCUCAUCUUCUACCUCUUCGGCGCCUAUCAACAAGGCGGCCGUAUCACCACCACCGCCAUAGCCGCCACCGGAGUCGGCCGUCCGUGUUAUCUCAAACCCAAGACCAUCAACUUCCAUUCUCUCCACAACACCUCAUCACUACCCUCAUCGGAACCACCCAAGCUGUACCGUCGCUGCGGCGUUGAGUAUAGCGAGUACACGCCGUGUGAGGAUCGUGAUAGGUCGUUGAAGUACUCGAGGAACAGGAUGAUUUACAGGGAGCGGCAUUGCCCGGAGAAGAAGGAGAUGCUUAAGUGUCGUGUUCCGGCGCCGUUUGGGUAUAAGAUCCCAUUCCGGUGGCCGGAGAGCCGUGACGUGGUGUGGUACGUUAACGUGCCGCACCGGGAGCUGACGGUGGAGAAGGCGGUGCAGAAUUGGAUCCGGUAUGAGGGUGAUCGGUUUAGGUUUCCUGGGGGAGGGACCAUGUUUCCUAACGGUGCGGACGCAUACAUUGAUGAUAUCGGCAAGCUGAUCGAUCUCAGAGAUGGCUCUAUCAGAACCGCCCUGGACACCGGGUGUGGGGUUGCGAGCUGGGGAGCGUAUCUGAUGCGGCGGGGCAUAAUAACAGUGUCAAUAGCACCGAGAGACACACACGAAGCUCAAGUCCAGUUCGCUCUUGAACGAGGAGUCCCUGCUCUUAUCGGGGUCUUGGCCUCCAAGAGGCUCCCUUUCCCUUCCCGCGCUUUCGACAUCGCGCACUGCUCUCGCUGCCUCAUUCCCUGGGCCCAAUACGAUGGGAUGUAUCUGAACGAAGUGGAUAGGGUUGUGCGACCGGGAGGGUAUUGGAUUCUGUCAGGGCCACCCAUAAACUGGAAGAGACACUGGAAAGGGUGGGAGAGAACGAAGGAGGAUCUGAACAAAGAGCAAAAGAGUAUUGAGAAGGUAGCGAGAAGCCUGUGCUGGAACAAGGUGGUGGAGAAGGAUGAUAUUGCCAUCUGGCAAAAGCCCAUUAACCAUUUUCACUGCAAACCCAUUCUUCGUUCCUUCUGUCCCUCUCCCAGUAAUCACACUCAUCCUGACCUCGCCUGGUACACAGACAUGCAAACUUGUUUGAGUGGUCUGCCGGAAGUAUCAAAGAAGGAAGAGACAGCAGGUGGCAUACUGAAGAGGUGGCCUGAAAGAUUAAGUGCUGUUCCUCCGAGGAUUUACAAGGGAACAAUGGAAGGAAUUAAUGCUGAGACAUUCCAGAAGGAUUCAGAACUGUGGCAUAAACGAGUUUCUUAUUACAAGGAAGUGAAUACUCAGAUUGGUCAAUCCAGAUAUCGAAACCUCUUGGACAUGAACGCUUACCUUGGUGGAUUUGCAGCUGCUUUAAGUAACAAUCCCGUUUGGGUCAUGAACGUGGUUCCUCCUCAGUCUCAGGUUAACAGACUCGGCGCCAUAUUCGAACGCGGAUUGAUCGGAACCUACCAUGAUUGGUGUGAAGCAAUGUCUACUUAUCCUAGAACUUACGAUCUGAUUCAUGCUGAUUCUGUAUUCACUCUUUAUGAUAGCAGAUGUGAGAUGGAGGAUAUUCUGAUAGAGAUGGAUAGGAUUCUGAGACCUGAAGGAAGUGUAAUUAUCAGAGACGACGUGGAUAUUUUGGUCAAAGUGCAGAAACUGGUUGAAGGAAUGGAGUGGGAGAGUCAAAUUGUUGACCAUGAAGAUGGACCUCUUGAACGGCAAAAGCUUUUGUUUGUGGUCAAGAAAUAUUGGACAGCUCCUGAACCUUCUUCUUCUGACUAAUUUUGUUUUUUUUUUUCA